AUGAGAUUCUCGCCCGCUUUGUCGCGCUCCUUGCGGAGAGCGACAGUUCCCAAGUCUGCGCCGGCUGUUCCCCGCGUUUCGCAGCUUGCGUUUUUGCCUAGGGGGUUUGCGACGUCUAGGAGAUGUGAUGAUACUUGGGGGUUUGUGGGGUUGGGGCAGAUGGGCUAUCAUAUGGCCAAGAAUCUCCGCGCGAAGAUCCCCGCAGCUGAUACACUGGUUAUUCGUGAUGUGAACGAGGAAACCGCCGCUCGAUUUGUUGAGGAGGCUCGGAAAGAAGCCCAGAGCAACGGCGCUGGAGAAGACACUGCGAAGGUUUUGAUUGCUCAGGAUGCGCGGGAGGUUGCAGAGCAGUCGUCAGUAAUGAUUACGAGCUUGCCGGAGCCCCAGCAUGUCAAGCAUGUCUUCAAUUCCAUUCUUAAGCCCGGCGAGCUUCCCGCCCUGGACCGCGAGCGGCUAUUCAUCGACACAUCAACCAUCGACCCAGCUUCUUCUAGGGAGGUCGCCAACGCCGUCCAUACAACAGGCCAAGGACGCUUCGUCGACGCACCGAUGUCCGGCGGAGUCGUAGGUGCCCGUGCUGGUACACUGUCGUUUAUGUUCGGCGCCUCGCCGGAGAACGAGGAGCUUGUGGAGCGGGUCCAGGCGGUCCUGAAGCACAUGGGUAAAACCACGUGGCACAUGGGAGGCCCCGGGACCGGUGUGUCGGCGAAGCUGGCGAAUAACUACAUCCUGGCAAUCAACAACAUUGCCACGGCAGAGGCCAUGAACUUGGGCAUUCGCUGGGGUCUCGACCCCAAGGCGUUGGCCCAACUGGUCAGCGCCUCUACCGGACGCUGCUGGCCGAUGGAGGUCAACAACCCCGUCCCGGGCGUUGUCGAGACGGCACCGGCCUCGCGGGGGUACGAGGGUGGAUUUGGGAUCAGUCUCAUGAAUAAGGACCUACGACUGGCACUGACCGCUGCAGAGGAGUCUGGUACCCCUCUCGCCCUCGGUGACCAGGCCCGGGACGUCUAUCGGACGGUGGAGGAGGCGCACCGUGGGAAGGAUUUCUCUGUGGUGUAUAAGUGGCUCCAGGAUAAGUCAGAAUGA